UGCCGUCACGGCGGAGUGUCGCGCGAAGGAUUGUGGGUGUGCGCUCCAUGUGAACUCAGACCGGGAUCCGAAGAGAGAACCGAGGAGCUGCGUGGGUCUCCGACGGGAUCUCCUUGGGAUCUUGUUUGGUUUUUCUGGAUAUUUCUUCAGUAAGACUUUAAAAAUGUCAUCCAAACAAGAAAUAAUGAAUGACCAGCGGUUUAGGCGGGUUUCAAAGGAUCCCAGAUUUUGGGAAAUGCCAGAAAAGGACCGAAAAGUCAAAAUUGACAAGAGGUUUCGAGCCAUGUUUCAUGACAAAAAAUUUAAAUUGAAUUAUGCUGUUGAUAAAAGAGGGCGCCCUAUCACCCACAGCACUACGGAAGACUUGAAACGCUUCUAUGAGCUUUCAGACUCUGAUUCUGAUCUCUCUGAUGAAGAAAGCAAAGUACUGAACCAAAAAAAAGUAAAGCAGAAACAAAAACAGACCAAAAAAGAAGCAAAGUCAAAAAUGCUGAUUGAGGAGAAAAAGAAAGAAACCAAAAAAAUUGAUCAAAAGGAUCCUAUAAAUAAAAAUGACUUAGAUAAUUCUGAAAAAAUUCAGAAAAUGAAAAGCUUGUGUAAAUCACAGAAGAUAGAUUCAGAAAUAAGUCCCAAGAAGGAUAGUGAAGAAUUUCUGCAAAAUACAAAAAAGAAAGGGAGCAUCACUAACCACAGUGCAGACUCUUUGCCUAAAGGAAAACAAAGGACCAAAGAUUCUAGUACCUCUGAAAUUGUGAAAUCUCCAACAAUCACUGGUUCUAAGGCAAAAAGAGAAAAGCAAUCAGUGCUUCCAAUCAGAAUGGCAAGAGACAAUGAUGGUAAAAUGCUGGACAAAGAUGCCCUGGAGGAAGAUUCAGACAGUGAUAGUGAAAUAGGAAGUGAUGAGGAAUCUGAAGGUGAAGUCACAAGUGAUGAUAGAACUUCAGCUGAUGAUGAUGAAAAUGAAGACGAAGAAGAGGAAGAUGAGGAUAGUGAGGAUGAUGAUGAAAGUGACAGUGGUCCUGAUCUUGCAAGGGGUAAAGGAAAUAUAGAAACUAGUUCUGAAGAUGAAGAUGAUUUUGAAGAUUUAUUUCCAGAAGAACCUGGUUUUGAACAUGCUUGGAGAGAAUUAGAUAAAGAUGCUCCUCGGGCUGAUGAGAUUACACACCGACUAGCAGUUUGCAACAUGGACUGGGAUAGAUUAAAGGCAAAAGAUUUGCUGGCUUUGUUCAAUUCAUUUAAGCCCAAAGGCGGAGUUGUAUUUUCUGUAAAGAUAUAUCCUUCGGAGUUUGGAAAGGAGAGGAUGAAGGAAGAGCAAGUUCAAGGACCAGUAGAGUUACUGAGUAUUCCUGAGGAUGCCCCCGAGAAAGACUGGUCCUCUAGAGAGAAGCUAAGAGACUAUCAGUUUAAACGAUUGAAAUACUAUUAUGCAGUAGUGGAAUGUGAUUCUCCAGAAACUGCAAGUAAGAUUUAUGAAGAUUGUGAUGGCCUGGAAUUUGAAAGCAGUUGUUCUUUCAUAGACCUAAGGUUUAUACCAGAUGAUAUUACUUUUGAUGAUGAGCCCAAGGACGUGGCCUUAGAAGUUGAUCUAACAGCAUAUAAACCAAAGUAUUUCACAUCUGCUGCAAUGGGAACAUCGACGGUGGAGAUUACUUGGGAUGAGACUGAUCAUGAAAGAAUCACAACACUUAACAGAAAGUUUAAAAAGGAGGAGCUUUUGGACAUGGACUUCCAGGCCUACUUAGCUUCCUCCAGUGAGGAUGAGGAGGAAGAGGAAGAAGCACUGCAAGAUGAGGAUGGAGUCAGUGUAGGAGAAGAUGGAAAAACAAAGAAAAAUCAAAAGGAUGAUGAAGAACAAAUUGCUAAAUAUAGACAGCUUUUGCAAUUUGUUCAAGAAAAAGAAAGAAAAGGAAAAGAAAAUGAUAUGGAAAUGGAAAUCAAGUGGGUUCCAGGCCUUAAGGAGAGUGCAGAAGAGAUGGUCAAAAACAAGUUGGAGGGAAAGGAUAAACUGACCCCUUGGGAACAAUUCUUAGAGAAGAAGAAAGAGAAGAAAAGACUGAAAAAGAAACAGAAGGCUCUUGCUGAAGAAGCUAGUGAAGAUGAGCUUCCUUCUGAUGUUGAUAUGAAUGAUCCCUACUUUGCUGAAGAAGUUAAAAAAAUAGGUAUAAAGAAAAAAUCAACGAAAUCUGCAAAAGACAACACAUCUUCAGAGGAAAAAACUGAACUAGAAAAACAAAAGGCGGAAAUGGCCUUGCUUGUAAUGGAUGAGGAAGAGGACAGCAAGAAACACUUCAACUAUGACAAGAUUGUGGAGCACCAGAAUCUGAGUAAAAAGAAGAAGAAACAGCUUAUGAAAAAGAAGGAGUUAGUUGAGGAUGACUUUGAGGUAAAUGUUAGCGACACACGGUUUCAAGCAAUGUACACUUCCCACUUGUUCAAUUUGGAUCCCUCUGAUCCUAAUUUCAAGAAAACAAAAGCUAUGGAAAAAAUUCUUGAGGAGAAAGCCCGGCAGCGAGAACGCAAAGAAGAACUACUUACUCAAGCAGUAGAGCGAGCUCAGCAGGACACAGGAAAGCCGACCCAGAAGCGGCCCAUAGAUCCUGCCUUGUCUUCGCUGAUUAAAUCCGUGAAAAACAAAACAGAGCAAUUCCAAGCCAGAAAAAAACAGAGAGUCAAAUAACUGGGUACUGUCUCUGUGGUCUCAAGUACACAGAAAUAGAAUAAGGGAUAAUGGGGAUGAAGCCACCUUUCUAGAGUAUGAAAAAAUAUCCUUUUCUGACCAUCGUGAAGUUGUUCUUCACUGGGACUAGAGAGACAGCUCAACAGUAAAGAACAAAGGUGCUUUUGCAGAGCAUCUGAGUUUGCUUCCCAGCACCCACAUGACGGGUCACAACCGUAUGUAAUUCUAGUUCCAGGAGAUCCAGUGCCUCUCGUGGCCUCUGUGAGCAUUGUGUGCCCAUAAUGCCUACACAAACAUAAAUGCAGGCAAAAUAGUCACACACAUAAAUUUUUUAAAAAAAAUAUUCCCCUUACAUACUUGUUCUACUUGUAAAUAAUUCAUAUAUUCACAUUUUAUACUGUGUAUUUCCACAGAUUUGUCAUAAUUAUGUGAAUUAUAGAAUUUAUAAGAUUUUUAUAUUGUAUGAAGUUCAUUUCCUACAAGUACAGUGUUACUCUAAUUUAGCUUUCUAGACGACUACUUACAAUAUAUGUAAAAAAUGGUGUCCAUUUUUCUGUGUAAAGAUUAAAAAUAAAUUUAAAAAAUACAUAUAUAUGUAGCACCUUAAUCUAUAUUACAUAUGUAUAUACAUAUAUAUAUAUAUGUAGCACCUUAAUCUCUCUGAAGGCAGGAGGCAGAUCUAAGUAGCUAUUGAGAUAACUUACUUCUCUAUCAAAAAGGAUGGAAGCUGUGAACUUGUUUUCCAUGCUUAGUAAUUUGCAUGUGGAACUAACCUACAAAUAAAAGUGCAAGAUGUUUUUA